CGAAACUCCGAUACGCUUUUCCUCUGACCCGGGCUGUUGUGGGUGGAAGUUGCGUAUUCUAGCGAACGAACGAGCGAACGCGAAAAGUGCACGUGCGCGACAAAGAGAUCGUCGUGGAAAGCGUGUUGUUGUCCCUGUCAACGGUGGGAAAAGCGGACCAACGCUCCGACGAAGUCCAUUCCUCGACGAGUUUAGUGAUAACGUGCGAUUCCGUGGUGCAAGACCACCCAACCCGUUCUUCGCGUUUGCAUCAUCAGGAACCAAGAGGCCACAACAAUGAGUGCCAAUGUGUCGUGUCUUGUGCGCGUAACCAGCAUGAUGUCACAGUGCGCGAAAGCCAACCCCUCCAGCCUGGUGUUACCGCCGCGGUUCAGUCACCGGAUACGUGGGGGAUCCAGUGCUGCAUACUGCAGCCCGGCCACAGCGUACGUUCGUCCACAUCCGUCCUCCAAGCAGGACGGCCCAUGGGGUGCUUCCAUCCUCGGACGUAACCGCACCACGAACCUCGUCCCGAGGCUAGAACCUUCGCGGGGAUACACGCAGGCAGCAUCAACGCUCACCCGGGAACAGCUGCACGAUCUGGUGUACAGGUUAAACGAGGAUGAAAGAGAAUUGCUUAUGAACACCUUGAAGCAGUUCGAGUCCAACAAAGUGAAGGCGAAGUUUGAAGGGCAGUUGGCUGCAACCGUAUGGCGAAGUAGAUUCGGUCGUCCAGCAAAGCUAAAGCCCGUCCUGGGAGAUGUAGAUCCUACCGGUUCCUACUGCGCGGUGCCGGAAGAUUGGCUGCAGAAAAAGUUCGCCGAGACAGUGCCACCACCAGUAACAUCGGACCUCAUGAAAUUGGGCCUAGUGAACGCGUUGCCUUUCAUCGGGUUCGGUUUUCUGGACAACUUCACCAUGAUCAUCGCGGGUGACUACAUUGAGCAUACGCUCGGGUUAUUUAUGUGCAUAUCGACCAUGGCGGCCGCAGCGCUGGGCAACACCAUCAGCGACGUAAUCGGCAUCGGUUCGGCGUUCUACGUGGAGAAGCUCGCGGAGAUGAGCGGCGUAAAGCCACCGAAGAUGUCCCCGAUACAGCUCGAGAUGAAGGCUAGCCGGAGGGCGGCCAAUUUGGGUCGAGUGCUUGGCAUUACGAUCGGCUGCCUGCUGGGAAUGUGCCCUUUAUUAUUCAUGAAGGAGGACAAGGAUAAGGAGAAGAGCAAGGACAAGGCGAAGGCUAAGGAUAAGGAACCGACGGAUGCUGCUAAUGUUGCCGAAAAAUUGGUAUCCCCGUGAGCGGCGGAAUCCCGUACCACCGUACCAUCGUAGGAGGCUGUUCCGAUGCGCGCCUGUCUGUGUGUGUGUGUGGGUGUGUGGUAGCGAUGCGGUUUAGGUCAAUUUAGGUAGGCUCAACAUAAAUCCUACCGACCCGAACCGACUCGUCGAGCAAGUCAAACGAGCGACGAAAUUUAAAUUAGGCGGAUCCUUCCUCCGAAGCGAUUUAUAUUUUACGAGAAUUGAGUGUGAACACACUGACUACAGCAGAGGCCCGGGUUGUGUAAGGAGUUGGAAGCGUUUACCUAUAGCGAAUGAAUGAUGAUGAUAUGAUAUACAGAGCGACCGCACACGGUUGCUAGGUUACCAUCUCGCAUGGCAGAAAACGCUGUCGAAACCAAACCGACAUCAUCAAUGCGAUAACGAACGUGUUUGGAAGGAAUGCGUUUUCGACUGUGUGUAAAUAUUAUCUCCGGUCGUAGUCGAUUUUCGAUUUCCACCAUUUCGCGGAACCAUCGGAUCGAAUUCCGCGCUACGCUAACGAGCUGUACAUUAGUUAUUGAUUUGCCACCGAAUGUGUGCAUAUGCGUGUGUGUGCGCGGAAGGUGCUGCUAUUUAUUUCCGUUUCGCAAACGGUUGCGUCAAUAGGAACGCAUCCUACCUUGCGGAGAGUAUCUAAUACGAUGGCUUCAUCGAAGUGUUUUCUUUUUCUGUUAAAUAAUUGUUAGAUUUUUCUGCGAAUCUGUUAUUUACGCGUGCACAAAAAACCCGCAUGUUAAACGCUAAUUGAUCAUAGUAUCGUUACCUCACUUUAGAAGCGCUAGUAAAACUAGACGUUUUAUGGAACACGUUCUGUUCUGUUGAUAUUCCUGUAGUAGCAAUUCUGCUAGUUGUAGACAAUGACGGCCCUUGUAGCGGGUUCCCGGGUACCGAGUAUUACACUUAAAUACGCUUGGUAUCAUGUAGCUAGUACGACCGUUCAGUCAAUUCGCAUAGCAAUAGGAAUCGUCGCAGCGGUUUAAUGACACCAUGAAGAAUUUUCCAUUCAAACGCGAGUUUUAGUUCGAGUACUUAUCCUUGUAAGUUGCGCUUCCGGCAAUUCCAGGCUUUGUUUGGUUGAAGAUUCACUAAUUGCGACACAGAAGAAGAAGACGAAGUAAAAAAAACCAGUACCAUUUUGAUGAUCUUGAACAAGCAGAGUGGAAGGAAGUUGUAAUUGGGUCCAUGUUGAAAAUGAGUAAGAAAAAAUGCAGGAAUAUUUUAAUCGAUUAGAAUUAUUGAAACCAUCGGUAUAGCUUUCCGGGAAAUCAGAGACCAAUAUCUCAUACUUGAUAGACGUAAAAGAAUUUAAAAGUAAUGAUAAACAACAAAUAAAAACUCAUACGCCCCGCUGCUUCCAGUGGGAUGAAUUCUUCAUUGUUCACCUGUUUCUAAUGGAGCCAGCAGUCCUGGCGAAUGCUUCUUGAUAUUGUGGAUGAUGAUAACCUCAUCGAUAUUCUCUGCCGCUUUCUUUCUUUCUUGCUUAUCCUGAUAACAGUAAAGUUACCCAUCUCAGUCCAGAAUGGGCGGUGGGUGGCGUAUUGGUGUGCAGUAUUAAUUUACCGUUCGACAUUGUUGUGUAUAGCGAUAUUUCCAUCGGAUAAGGAUAAACGUAAUACGGCACAAGCCCUUUGUGACCGCCAUCGUCUGAAGAGCGCGAUAAUCCGCAUCCUUCCCAUUGUCUUUCUGAAUCGUGAACUCUUGGGACCGUGGCAUAUUUAACUCUUUAAAACUCUUCCAUACCCUCGCCUUUCCCCCCUGGGAGCGUCAGUCGGUCGGUGUGCCGGUGGCGAUGGCGUGUCUAAAGUCCCUCCAUUUUAAGCACAAUAAUAUUCUUGACCGAAAUCUCUAUUACUUAAACCUACCCUGGCCUUACCCAACGUAAAUGGACUUGAAGAAGGAUGUAAGAUAGGAUGGAGCUGGAAAGCUGGCCUCAUCAUCAUCAUCGUGAGGACACGGAGCACACAUUAGCGAAGCGAAGAGAGAGCCAAACGAAUGAUGUAAAACUAUUUUUCUACCAACCUUCCGACUGGUGAUCAGAACCUUUAGAGUCCAUGUAGUUAGCCGAUUUAAGCCGCGCUUCCGCGAGAAGACAAACAAAAAACUCCAAGCAAACAUUCGUAACAUCGCGACAAUGUCAAUUUUCUAGAAAAAAAACCAUACCUAGACACUGUCCUACAUCGUCUUUCACGUUACUCAUACUCUCAAGAAUGGAUAUAUAGAUACGAAACGAAUUAAACAUCAAAGCAAGGUAGCAUUAAUGCAUUAAAGUAUAAUAUUAGCAAAUUAGCGUAGUGGAUUAUAUUGAUAACACGCUGUUCAUGUUGAAGACUCAUCUACAAAUACACUCAUGCAAGAUGCACAUAGAAUAGAACGGAAUGAACAAACGCCCUAAUGGCGAUGAGAUUAAAUGGACGCAUUUCGAGGCGAUCGCAACGUGGAACAUUGAAUGCACCAACUGUGAAAUGCUGAGUAGUUCUUCCACUUGAUAAACCACGAGGAAAGCGCGCAAUACAUAAACUAAUAAAAAUAAAACUGCUCAAAUCAAAAGGAAAAAAAUACAAAUAGACGUAAACAGUAAAUGGGUAGACGCUUCGGAUUCGGAGCGACGAUCCUCAUUCGCAAACUUGCGGAAUAAAAAUGAUCAGCAAUAGCCAGACAUACUGACAUGAAACAAAUAAAAACUAAUCCAUUAU